AUGAUAGAUUUGUUCACUAUUUUCGGUAAAGGUGGCUUGGUGCUGUGGUGCUUUCAGGAAGGAGGUCAACUUUUCACCGAUUCCAUCAAUGAACUGAUCAGAGAAGUUCUCAUGCAGCUCAGGUUUGCUGUCAGCCUGUGCUUAAGUUCGCAUUUGGGUUCAGGCUUAAAACGACAUGAAAGAUGCCUGCUCCUUUGUACUGCUGCUGUAAUCGUUCGAGAUUUACAGGAGCGCGGUGGUAGCACUAUUUUCAAGCAUAAUAAUGUAUCAAUCAAGUACAAGCUUGAUAACGAAUUCGAGCUUGUUUUUCUGGUCGUUUAUCAGAGUGCAAUACAGUUAUCGUACGGUGAUCAGUUGAUAUCGGAUGUGCAAAAGAAAUUUCGUGAUAUGUAUAAGAAUGUGCUGUCAGAUAAUAAAGCACUUUAUUCGUCAACUCCAAAAACAUUCGAACAUUUUACCGAACAAUUCGAUAAACCCGAGAAAGCAAUGCGCAAAUUUGAGGAGAGUGAAAAAUCGAAAAAGACAGUUGCAUCGAUGAUAGAACGUCCAGCGGAACGUGCCGCCAAAAUCAUGAAAGAGAAGGAACAACAACAAAAAGCUGCAAAGCAGCAACAACUACAACAACAACAACAAGCUCCAUUGCCAUCCACCAAAGCAGCAAAUAAACAAAAGGAUUCAUCUGUCUCAUUCACCAGUGAUGACGAAUCGAACAAGAAAGAGACUGAAGCAUCGCAGGUUUGCCCAAGUUCGCCGAAGACUGGCACCACUGAUGAUGAGGAGCUACAGCGUCGACGAGCGGAAUUUUUCAAGAAAAAAGGAGGCGUUGUAAGUGCUGCUGCAUCUAAGAAAGGCGGCGCUGAUUCCGAUAAGUCAUCAACAGAAGUGAAAAAAGGUAAACAAGCUCGUGUUUGGGGAUUGGUUGCGGACGCGAACAAAAUGGAUAUAGCAUCAUUGGAUUAUAGUAAGUUGAGCGAUAAAAAUGGCGCAGACGGGUCAUCCGAGCACGAAGAGGAUCAUAAAUUCAUUGAAGAACAAAGGCAGUACGUUGGCCAGCUGAAAGGCGAACUACCUGGACUGGAUGUGGAUCAAAGUGAGGAGGAAAAUGAGAUCGAUGACGAGGAGGAUGAUGAUACCAAUAAGGGCACGAAAAGCGAGAGCAAAUCUGGUGGUGGAUGGUUUUCAGCAUUCAAAUCACUUGUUGGUAACAAGAAACUCACUGCUGAGGAUAUUCAGCCAGCACUCGACAAAAUGCGUGAUACACUCAUUGGAAAGAACGUAGCCGCAGAGCCGGCUGAUAAGCUUUGCGAGUCGGUAGGGGUGAAGCUCGAAGGUAAGGUGGUCGGUUCGUUCAGUCGUGUGGCGAGUAUUGUGCGAGAGGCGUUUCGUGAGUCUCUUGUACAGUUGCUGACACCAAAACGUCGAGUUGAUAUUCUUCGUGAUGUACUCGAAGCGAAGCGGGAACAUCGUCCCUAUGUGAUCGUGUUUUGUGGUGUCAAUGGGGUGGGGAAAUCAACAAAUUUAGCCAAAAUUACAUUUUGGUUGAAUGAAAAUGGCUAUCGUGUUCUCAUCGCCGCUGGCGACACGUUCCGUGCAGGUGCUGUAGAGCAAUUGCGGACGCACACGAAACAUUUGAAUUCACUCCAUCCGAACAGUGUGCAACUGUAUGAGCAAGGCUAUGGCAAAGAUCCAGCUGGACUGGCUGCAGCAGCAAUUGCGAUCGCAGUUGAACGUAGUAUUGACGUUGUAUUGGUGGAUACAGCUGGUAGAAUGCAGGACAACGAACCACUGAUGAGAUCACUCGCAAAGUUGAUUCAUAUAAAUGAGCCGGAUUUGGUUCUAUUUGUUGGUGAGGCAUUGGUCGGCAAUGAUGCGGUUGAUCAGUUGGUUAAGUUCAAUCAAGCGCUCGCUGAUCAUGCGGCAUUGGGUGCAGAUGCUCGUCUCAUUGAUGGCAUUGUUCUCACCAAAUUUGAUACCAUCGAUGACAAGGUCGGCGCCGCGAUUUCGAUGACUUAUAUAACCGGUCAGCCGAUAGUGUUCGUUGGAACUGGACAGACGUACAACGAUUUGAAGAACUUGAACGCCAAUGCUGUUGUUCAUUCACUGCUCAAAUGA